CUGACAGUGAACUUUAACUGCACCUAAAACACGCUUUCUUGUCUUUUUUCAGUCAGUGUUACUGCUACUUUUCCCAAAAUAAGUUCUUUUUGUGUUUUUAUGAAACUUGCAAGUCAAUCUCACUAGUUAUGGAAUUUUUCUUUUUGCUUCUUUGAGAAUUCUGAUUUCUGAAGAAUCUUGAAACCACUUUUUUUGUCUCUCUCUUUACGAUGGAGGGUUAUGAAUUUGUGAAGGAUUUAGGUUGUGGUAAUUUUGGAGUAGCUAAGCUUGUAAGAGAUAAUAACACCAAAGAACUCUUUGCUGUCAAGUUCUUUGAAAGAGGCCAAAAGAUUGAUGAACAUGUACAAAGGGAAAUUAUGAAUCAUAGAUCAUUAAGUCAUCCAAAUAUAAUCAGAUUCAAAGAGGUCUUGCUGACACCUACCCAUCUAGCAAUAGUAAUGGAGUAUGCUGCAGGAGGAGAACUCUUUCAGAGGAUUUGCAGUGCUGGAAGGUUCAAUGAGGAUGAGGCCAGAUUCUUCUUUCAGCAAUUGAUAUCAGGGGUUAGCUACUGCCAUUUCAUGCAAAUCUGUCAUAGAGAUCUCAAAUUGGAAAAUACAUUACUGGAUGGAAGUACUGCACCGCGUGUAAAAAUAUGUGAUUUUGGUUACUCCAAGGUCAAUAAUCUUUUGGCAUACCUUAAUUCUAACUACAAAUUCAGAUUUUUGUUUUGUUCUUGUGUAACUGACUUCACUUAUUUGCAGUCAUCUCUCUUUCAUUCUCAACCAAAGUCCACUGUAGGGACACCGGCUUAUGUUGCACCCGAGAUCUUAUCAAAGAAAGAAUAUGACGGGAAGGUUGCAGAUGUUUGGUCUUGUGGAGUCACUUUAUAUGUAAUGCUGGUCGGAGCUUAUCCAUUUGAAGAUCCCACUGAUCCGAAGAACUUCCUAAAGACCAUAUCCAGAAUAUUUAGCGUCCAGUACUCAGUUCCGCAAAAUGUACAAAUUUCCAUGGAGUGCCAGCAUCUCUUAUCCAGGAUUUUUGUGGCAGACCCUGAAAAGAGAAUAACUAUACCAGAAAUUAAGAAGCAUCCUUGGUUUUUGAAGAACUUGCCUGUCGAAUUCAUGGAAGAAGGACGUCACGAGUGCAUCGAUGUAAAUAACCCGAGACAGAGCAUGGAAGAAGUAUUGGCAGUAAUACAGGAGGCAAGAAUUGCUUUACAGGUUCCUAAGGUUCUAGGAAAUUCAUCUGAAGGAAGUAUGGAACUUGAUGAAUUAGAUGAUGCUGAAGAUACUGAAACAAGUGAUGAUUUUGUUGGUCAUAUGUGAUGUGUGGACAAUGUUGUAACUUUACCAAAAGAGAUUUGAGUCUAUAAUGAUGUAAAUACACUUCAAAGCUGUCAAUUCCUCAACCAGUAACUGGACUUUUUCUA